AGUUGUCCGCAGAAAAAAACAUGAGCCGGAUCUCGUUUAGCAUCUCGGUUGGCGUCCUUGCAACCGUCUGCGUGGCUCCAUCUCGGUCUGGGCGUUAUUCAACCAUUCGCUGAUGCGUCCUAGGGGACCACCCUCGGGGGGACCAAGCGAAGAUAACCAUGUACGCCAUGCAGGGUCUUCCAACGAGAGCCCAACAACUCCAGGGGAGAGGUAUCACAGCUUCUAUUAGGGGCCUAUCGGUUUAGGAGUAAACAUUUUUUUGAUAUAUAAGUGUGAGGGGAAACUACACCCUCAACUUUUGCUGAGGCCGACAACAUCUCAUCAGCUUUCACUCUCCUAUUCCCAAUCAUACCUCUACUCCUGAGCAGGUUACUUGCGAGUUACUUUCGAUCGUUACCGAUAUCUAUCACUCUACAGCUAUCCCAAACAUACUACGUCAUCCCGUUUACAUAUUCAUUGUAUCACUCGACAGCAACUCCUACAAAAUGCACUCAUUCAGACCUACGGUUCUCCUCACGGCUCUCGCAGCCAGUUGCGGUCUUGUGCAAGCCCAAUGCCCUUCAGUCUGGACUGACGUCGCUGCGGAAUUGAAGACAACCUUCAUAGACAGCAGCGGCAACUGCAACGACGACGCCCGUGCGGCUAUCAGACUUGCCUUCCACGACUGCUUCCCCGGUGCAUGUGAUGGGUCCGUAAUCUUGGCAGACGAGUGCACCGACCGCGGCGAGAACACUCAGAUGAUUGGCAUAUGCUCGACCUUAGGGACCAUGGCAUCGAACUUCACUGUUGGUACCGCUGACCUGAUCCAAUUCGCUGCCGCAUUCGGAAUAGCCUCCUGCCCAGGCCUCCCCUCCAUCGCCGUCAAAGUCGGCAGGACAGACUCCUCGACCGCGAACGCGGCGGGUCAGAUGCCCGGGGCCAACGACAACGCGACCUCGAUCGUCGCCGCGUUCGCAGCCAAGGGGUUCACGUCCACGGAACUAGUCGCCCUCGUGGGAGCCCACAGCGCCGCCAAGGAUCUAAAUGGAAAUGGCCUGGACUCGACGAUCGACGACCUCGACACGAACUUCUACACGGAGACCGCGGCCGGCACCGCACCCGCGAGUCUUAAUAGCGAUAUCUCCAUGAGCAACUCGUCCGAGACGAAAGCCGAUUGGAAUACCUUCGGCGCGGACGCUUCGUCUUGGGCUGAUGCAUUUGUACCAGCGAUGGAGAAGUUAAGCCUCCUCGGCAACGACGCGUCCAGCUUGACAGACUGCACAAGCGUCAUCACAGCCGCAUUCGCAUAACCACCAUUAAUCAUUUAUUGUUCAUAAUUUUUAUUACAUACAUACAUAUGUCCCUGAGCUGAUAAUCGACUCACGUCGAUCGCGCUGCGCAAUUAGUACCUGUAUAAUAUAGCGGCGCCAGGGCUUGUAUAUGAUGGUAUGGAGUGGAGGGCGUUCAGGCGAAUACGGUACACGAAAAGAUAAUUUCGUUGAGGCUAUGGCGAAAAGGGGGGUUGCAUGGGUGGUUGGUUGGUUGGUUAUAAUAGGGGUUUUAUUUGGUCCUUGUGACUCACUUUUUCGUACAUGUUUAAGUGGUUUAAUUGAUUUACUGAAAAUACUUAACGUCGCUAAUGUCCAUAAUCAUG